AUGCCUCAGGUCCUCCAGGCGGACGACUGUGAUCUAGCCGCGCGGGCGUACUUGCUUCUCGUGGACGCAAAUAUGGGCAUGGCUGGUAAAUUGUGGAGUCAAGGACAGGACACGCCCACCAAAAAGGAACACAUAGACCGUGCCCUUGGCUACCUUGACUGCGCCUACGAGCAAUACGAAGAAAUCGAAGACAUCAAGGGACAAUGUGAGAUGAUGGCCAAGAAAGCCACGGUGAUGCACCUCACAGGUGACUUGGUCCUUGCGAAUGACUACGCGGCUAAGUACCUGGAUCUGCAGAAAUUGAGUAAGAAGGGGGUAUAG